CCUUCUCGAUCGCACUCACUGCAAAUUGAGGGGGAGCGCGGCCCCGGGGCAGCCCGCAAACCACCAAGAAGCAGCGCACGCGACGUCCUUUGACCACCGGGUGCAUGGCCGAGGCCGCGGAGGCCCCGGUGGACGGGCAGAGCGGCGAACAUGGGGGCUGGGACGAGCUCCUGGCCCGGGUCCUCCUGUACGAGCUGGCCGCGGACGUCGCGGCAGAGGAGCUGGCUGCGGCCCGGGGGGAGAUCCUAUCUAUGAGCAGCGACGACGACGCGGCGCCCGCCGGGCGGAGCGAAGACGAGGCAGCCUGGGAAGAGCUCCUGGACGAGCUAGCCGCGGAGGUCGCGGCAGAGCCCUUUCGCGCGGCGGUCGCAAAGGCGCUCGAGGGCACGUUCUCCGCGGCGCGGGCGAGGCUGCGCCGCGAAGCACUCCUCGCGGGCCGGUUCGAGCGGAUCGAGUCCAUCGGCGCCGGCGUCUACGGCACGGUGUACAAGGUCCGCGACGAGGCGACGAACGACAUCCUCGCCCUGAAGCGGAUGCGCGUCGCCGAGGACGACGAGGAAGGCGUGCCGGUCGCGGCGCUGCGCGAGGUCUCGCUGCUCAAGAAUCUCGCGCAUCCAAACGUCGUGCCGCUGCGCGAGGCCCUCUUCGUCCACGACCGCAUCUACCUCCUGAUGGAAUUGUUGGAUUGCAACCUCCGCGAGUACAUCUGCGACCACGGGCCUCUGAACCACCAGACCUGCGCCAACUUCACGGCGCAGAUCCUCGCGGGCGUCGCGCACCUCCACGAGCGGCGCAUCCUGCAUCGCGACCUCAAGCCCCAGAACAUCCUGGUGCGGCGCGCGAUCGACCGUCGGACGCUCAAGAUCUCGGACUUCGGCCUCUCGCGCGCGUUCGGCCGGCCGCGCGCGCACACGCGCGAGGUGGUGACGCUGUGGUAUAGAGCACCGGAGAUAUUGUUGGGAGCGGAAGACUACUCGACGCCGGUCGACGUCUGGAGCGUCGGCUGCAUCCUGGCCGAGAUGGCCGCGCCCCUGACCGUGCACGGCGCGCCGACGCCGCUGUUCCCCGGCGAUUCGGAAAUUGACCAGCUGUACAAGAUCUUCCGGGUCCGGGGAACGCCCUCCGAUUAUGAUUGGCCUGGAGUCUCGCGGCUGCCGCACUACUCGCCGGUGUUUCCGAAUUGGCCCGCGCUGCGCCUCGAGCGCGUGGUGGGACGCAUUGUCGUCCAGGAUCACGCGGGCGUUGUGGGAGGCGUGUCGCCGGCGCUGGCCGGACCGGCCACAGACUUUCUGGAGCGCUGCCUCGCGUACGAACCGAGCGCGCGCAUCACCGCCCGCGAGGCGCUUGUGCAUACCUUUAUUGAUCCCCAUGCCGCGGACCGCGCCGCGGCGGCGACGGCGGCCCUCGCCGCGGACCGCGCCGCCGCCGCGGAAGCCGCCCGCGCCGCGGCCGAGGCCCUCGUCGACGUGAACUGCGACCCCACCAAGUUCGGCGGCUUCCAUUCGGCGUUCACGAGCCCCGCGCGCCUCAAGCGGGCGCGGCUCGUCACGCCGCCCAACGGCUUCCCCGCCAGGCUGGAGCCAUGUGGUACGCACGCCGUCUCAACGCCUGGGCGCGUGUCUCCUCUCCUUCAGGGGAUGGAAGCGCUCUACACGGCGGCGGACAUGGCCGAGGACUAGGUCGCGACGACUCCCUUCUGGCGCGCCCCCAAGUCGAGGACAACAAGUCACGACACCCUUAUCCUUAUCCUAACCUUAUUGUAUGCUUA